ACCAGCAGUUGCAGCGACGCAAAAUAUUGUCAAUUUGUUGAAUGUGCUGGCCGAUGAAACAUCAUUUCGCGUUGUUAGAUUUCUGACACUGCUAAGCUUGUGUUACUAAAAAAUUGUAAACCAACCAAUUUUUCCUUCUGUGAAUUAAUAAUGAUUGUGAAGUGGACGAUUACCAAUCAAGAACUUUCAGCAAAAUAAAAUCGGUGAUAUCGAGUGACGCUUCAACGUUCCUACUGCCAAAAAAUCCGCUGUGUUGUGAAUUGUACCAGCAAAGUGAAACCAUCAAAAUGUUUCUUCUGAGUUUGAUCAACAUCGUGUUGUCGAUGAUUACGAUGACAUCGGUACUAACGUUACUUUUCUUCAUCAUAUUUCUCGCCUCUAUGGGUAAAUCAAUCGGCGUUCGAAGAAAAUAUGUAGAGUUGUUGGUGAAGAUUUUCGAGUACGGUCGUCAAAAUAUCGAAUCGAUUCGCAAACAACAGUAUGAUCAUUUGAACACGUCGGAUGACAGUGAUUUGCUAAUAAAUACAGAAUCCGAUGUGAGUCUAACUGAUGAUGCAAAAUCCAAAACAGAGAUUACGCAAAAUCGAAACGUGGAGAAGGCUCCUAGUAACGGAAUUAACCUUGUUAACGGAGGAAACUCUGUGAUCAAUCGAGUGGAGUCGUUAAAAUUGCUUCCUGACGUGGAAGGCGUUCGUAAUAAAAACCGUGAAUUGAACAAUGAAGAGGAGAAUGGAUCACUUGAAUUCAAUCUUUCCAACUGUUUGGACUAUGUGAAAACUGGGAUGGAAGCUAUCAUUGAGGAUGAAGUAACGAGUCGUUUCGAAGCGGAAGAGCUAAAAAAUUGGAAUCUUUUAACCCGUACUAACAGACAUUACGAGUUUAUAUCCUGGCGUCUAACAGUAAUCUGGGUGAUAGGAUUUUUUAUCCGCUAUGUUAUUCUGAUGCCUUCACGAGUUUUCAUUUGCUUCAUUGGCGUCGUGUAUUGCGUAAUAGGCUUUGCCUUCGUCGGGAUGUUUCCUGGACGCAAGCUCCGCCGGAAGAUAAACGACUAUGUUUUUAAGCACACCUUCCGUAUAAUCUGCCGGUCUUUAUCCGCGGUGAUUCGCUUCCACAAUGCGGAGUAUAAGCCAAAGAGCUGCGGCUUUUGUGUCGCAAAUCACACAACACCAAUUGAUAUAGCAAUACUUUCGACCGAUAACUCCUACUCAUUGAUUGGUCAAAGGCAUGGAGGUUUUCUAGGAGUACUCCAGAGAGCACUGGCUAGAGCGUCACCACACAUUUGGUUCGAACGGGCGGAAGCAAAAGAUCGUAUGGCGGUCGCAAAACGGUUAAAGGAACACGUUUCAGAUCCCAACAAUCCACCAAUUCUAAUUUUUCCCGAGGGCACCUGUAUAAACAAUACAUCCGUGAUGCAAUUCAAAAAGGGUAGUUUUGAAGUCGGUGGUACGAUUUAUCCGGUAGCAAUAAAAUACGACGCUCGUUUCGGUGAUGCGUUUUGGAACAGCUCGCGCUACUCGAUGAUGCAGUACCUGUACAUGAUGAUGACAUCGUGGGCAAUCGUCUGCGAUGUCUGGUAUUUGCCAGCAAUGACGCGUAGCGAGAAUGAGUCAGCAAUCGAUUUUGCUAAUCGUGUGAAGAGUGUCAUUGCCAAGCAAGGCGGUCUGGUGGAUUUGGUGUGGGACGGUCAACUGAAACGAAUGAAACCAAAGAAGGAGUGGAAGGAGAAACAGCAAGAGGAGUUUACCAAGCGACUAAAAGGCGAAUGAAAAAUACCAAUGAAAGCAACGUCCAAUAACAUUGGUUGACUGAGUCGUUCUGUCAUAUGACUUUUCUACCAAAUUGUGGAGAUUGCUACAAAAACUAAUGAAGAUGUCGACCGAAGUAUGAGCAUGGAACAACAUUACGACGCACUAGUCUGCAAAAGAAAGACAAACUAAUUUAUGUAUUCAAAGCAGCCUAAAAUUUACUAUGUAUGUACCACAUAAGGGUAGAUUUCAAACUAACUCUUCAGUUUCAAAGUGAGCAAAACGAUAUUUAUUAUUAUUUUUAUUAGAACAAUAAUUAAUUGUACAGUUGCCACUUAGAAAUGUUUAGGUUCGAUAUAAUUCAACAAUAGCGUCUUCAGAAAAUUUAUAUGUUAUAAUUUUUUUAUCGAAAGGAAUUUUCAGGUUAUGCACAUUUGUAUAUGCAUGGAACACAAGAAGCCGUUUAUUUUGGUAAACUAAUGGAACGAUCCAAUUCAAUUAGAUUAUUUUGAUAUUACUGGUAUCACAUAGGCAUAAAAACUCGUGGUUUUGUUUUGUUCCUUUCUUGACGCAGGGCGUUUAGAAGAUACAUGAAAUUGCUGCAUGUUUAAUCAGACAAUUUACAUUAAAAUCAGUGUAGUUUUCAAUAAAAAAAAAACAUAAAUAAGACUGAAAAUCUUACAUUUUUGCUAAGGGUACAGGCAAACGGUUGAUAUUAUGGAACAUAAAAUGUAGUGUUAAAACUGACAAAAUUGUGUACACACUCAUCUUUAUAAACACACAAGUAAAAUGAAUCAAGCAGUGUGCUUAUUGUUUAGUAGUUUUUGCUAAUUAACCGAAAAGACAAUCGUCGGAUCGAUUCAGUUAUGUGUCGGGGCGAUAUUCUACCUAUGUUGUUGUUUUCGCACAAUUUUCACGCAUAGAUUUUUUUUCAAUUAAUGCUUUGUAUUUCUAUCCCUCAAUCUUUCAAAUUGCAGUUCACUCGUCGAUUUGAAAACCCAUAGGAUAAGAAUGAAAUGCAAAUUAGACAAGUGAAACUGUUACCCCAAUCUUGAUUGAGGUCGUUUUUAUCAUUGAUGUUUGGAGUGAGGAACGUAUUGUAUAUAAGAUCGAAAAAAAACAAGUUUAUCAUUCGAGCGCGUAAAUAAAAUAUCAUGUGACCUUCAUGUUUUAUGUAAACCGUUUUUGCCAGAAACAAAAGUAUUCCAAUUACAAUAGACGUACCACUACGUUUAAACAGAAAACUUCCAUAAGUUUCAUGGCUAGAUCAAAAAUAAAUGAAAACCAAACAAAAGACAAAAUAAACACGAAUGAUCGAAAUAAUCGAUCGGUGCGGUACACAUGGGGUCAUAUAGCGUGAAGUUGCCUAAUGGAGUGAUUAUUUGGCAGUGCAGAAGGUUUCAUGUACCUCGUCGAACUUUGGAUUACGUUACAAUUUAAUUAAAACAGCUGACAGCAGAAAAUAAAACAAUAAAUCAUUUUUUCCAAAGUUAUUGAGGAAAAAAAAACUCUGAGCCUAACCUAAGCAUCGCAAGUCCUCCUCACGAGACACGGCGUUCAUUCGACCGACAUGUGUAAGUUCGGCUGGCUUACCUUGUUGGGGAGUAGGGUCGAGAUCCAAUUGGCAACGUGUUGCAGCCCGUCAACUUACAGAAAAAAAAUACUGUGGAAACAAACUAUUUUAUGAGUUUAUGUUAAACAGCAUUGAUUCAUUCUGCAAUUUCCCAGUGCUACUAAACCAAGUAACCUAUUAGUUUUACCAUAUUUGUAUUUUGAAAAUGAAUGUCGGGUAAAUAAAAUGUAAGAAUAUUUGUUA